GGAGACACGACUAUUUAUAAUAUGUAUCAUAUCUUGUUUUCAAAGCAUGAAAUUUUGUUUGAUUAGAAAACUAUAUAUUUUACUUAUAACUUAAAAAAAAAAAAAAGCAUCUAAAAUAAUAAUUCACAUCAUCCAACAAAAAAGGGGUCGUUCAUUAUUACAAAAAAUGUCAGUAGCAAGUAUAUCUAAUCAACAGCUUAAUUAUUCUGUAUUGCCUUUAAUCUUGAUUGAUUUUGAUCAGACCAUAACACAACAUGAUACCAUUGCUUCUUUAGGUCAGUUUGCUCUUUCUUUUGCACAUUCUUCAAUACCUUGGUCCUUUUUUACCGAUGCUUAUCUUCAAGACUAUCGCAAUCAUCGCAAUUACCUAGAGACACAUCAAAGACAUUGGCCUAAUAAUUUCAAAGCCUUCAUAGAUCAAUUGAAUAGCUAUCGCCAUGUUGAACUUGCCUCUCUUCAACGUGUCAGUCAGCAUAAUGUCUUUAAGGGCCUUUCUCAUCAUGAUUUAGUUAUGGCAGGUCGACAAUUAAGUACAACCGAGCUACAGCCAGGACUUAUCACUACUUUAUUAAGUCAAACAUAUUAUCAACCUCAAAUUCGCAUUAUUUCUUUAAAUUGGUCUAAAGACUGGAUAAUGGGAUUCUUAAAACAUCAUUUACCUACCCUUACAAAAGAACAAAUAUUUAGUAACGAUCUUCGAUUUAAUGAACAAGGAAUUUGUACAGGAGAAAUUGAAGCAUCCAUUUUAACAGCUAGUGACAAACAGCACAUCAUUCAAGGCCUUAAAAAGCAGCUCAAGACGUUCUACAUUGGCGAUUCGCUAGGUGACAUUGAAGCUUUAGUUGAAGCAGAUAUUGGCAUCAUCAUUGGAAAAGACAAAGGAUUAAUAGAUGCACUUGCUCGUUAUAAUUAUCAUCCAGAGGAAGAUGUAUCAAAAUCAAGUAAAUUAUAUCGCGUGAAUCAAUGGAAUCAAGUUAAACAAAUCCUCGAUAGACUUUUUUUUCUUUUUAGAAUGAAUGAAACCAUGUAAAAGAAAAACACAUAUAUACACACACACACACACGCAUUAUUUAUUACCCCUCUCUCUUCCAACCUGAUCAACAUUUUUCUUAUCCUUUC